CAAGCGAAGCCAGGUAGUAAAAAAGCGAGAAGAGUGCGGUCACUCACCGCACGCACUAGCACAGUCUCGCUCUCCCACGCACCCGCAUCUUAAGGUUCGGCAUUUUUGGCACUCUCCUCGCACAUUUUCUCGGGAUCUAAGUUUUCAUCAUGAAUCGCCACCACGAUCCCAAUCCAUUUGAAGAAGAAGAAGUCAAUCCCUUCUCGAAUGGUGCUGCUGCUCCUGGAUCAAAAUCACGUAUUCCUCCAUUGGCAUCUGAACCAUUGGGCUUUGGUCAAAGACAUGAUGCUACAGUUGAUAUUCCUUUAGAUACUAUAACUAAAAAUGACUCUAAGAAAAAAGGUCAAGAGCUGGCAGUUUGGGAAGCAGAUUUAAAAAGGAGAGAGAAGGAAAUAAAAAGAAGAGAAGAUGCUGUUUCGAAAGCAGCUGGUGUGCCUGUUGAUGAUAAGAACUGGCCUCCAUUUUUCCCAAUCAUUCACCAUGAUAUUGCCAAUGAAAUACCAGUUCAUGCUCAGAGGCUGCAAUAUUUGGCUUUUGCAAGUUGGUUAGGUAUCGUUCUCUGCCUAGUUUUUAAUGUAGUUGCUGUGACUGUCUGUUGGAUCAGAGGCGGCGGUGUUAAAAUUUUUUUCCUAGCGGUGAUUUAUGCUCUACUUGGUGUCCCCCUUUCAUAUGUGCUUUGGUACAGGCCCCUCUAUCGUGCUAUGAGGACAGAUAGCGCCCUGAAGUUUGGUUGGUUUUUCAUGUUCUACAUGCUUCAUAUUGCAUUUUGCAUCUUUGCUGCAAUUGCGCCACCAGUUGUUUUUCAUGGAAAAUCGUUAGCGGGCAUCCUUGCAGCAAUUGAUGGCUUCUCAGGCCAUGUAUUGGUUGGGAUAUUUUAUUUGGUCGGAUUUGGUCUGUUUUGCUUGGAGGCUCUUCUAAGUUUAUGGGUGCUUCAGAAAAUAUACAUGUAUUUCCGGGGGAAUAAGUGAGACUGUUCUCAGGUUUUGAUCCAUCGGCUUUUAUACUGUCAGUCACUUCCCAGUGUGGCUUAGUAUAUUCUUUCUCUUUUUCUUUUCUCUUCUUUUUUUCCAUUACAAUAUCUUCAUCUGGUAUUGUUCGUUGUUUCUCUGUAAUGAUUGUACCAGGGUUAGUCUGUACUGUACCGUGUAAUGAAUUCUGUGAAGUUUGGUAUGUCUUCUAGUGUAUUUCUCUCCAGUGAAAAGAAAAUUUGAUUUUGAUAAGCAUUUAUGUAGUGAAUUUCCAGUGAAGGAUUAGUGUAGCGGUAUUGUAGUUGUG